GGAGCUUAUCACCCCAUAGCAUUUUAUGUCCUAUUUUUGACUGCUUAUCUCUGACAGAACCAUGCCGGAUCACUGGGGGCAUAUUUAAGCAGGAGCGUACAAUUUGCUUUUGGUCUCCUCACCCGCCAUGAACUAGGCUCAGCUGAGGUCGCUUGUAACUGACAGCAUGGCACCUUCCGAUAUUUCUUCGGUCGUGGAUCAACCGGCUCCAACCGGACCCCCAAGCACUGAUUCCUUCCCAGCAAUUCGCAAGCACGCGACAACCGUCCGCAACAAGGUCACUACGAAGCAUGGUUGGCUCGGGGAUUAUGACUAUGUAUGGCUUUGCUCACCGACGUUGCCAUUCUCCAUCUCCGGGAAUAAAAUUGCGCGCAGACCACCUCCAUUCUAUAGAGUAGAUGCAGAGCUUCCUCUACUACUCGCCAUGGCAUGUGGGUUGCAGCACGCACUCGCAAUGCUUGCAGGUCUAAUUACACCACCAAUCAUGUUUGCGAGCUCACUAAUGCUCGAUGCGCAAACUUCCCGCUUAUAUGAUAUCUGCCUCUCUCAUUGGUUGUGCCUUGUGCAGAUGUCACGCGUUAAACUAUGGAAGGGAUACUAUCUUGGAACGGGCCUUUUAUCCGUUGUCGGGACGAGUUUUGCAACACUGAGUACCGCGAACGCCAUCUUCGAUACAAUGUAUAAUGACGGAACUUGUCCUUCUACUGUGGCUUCCGACGGUACUGUCACUCGAGGCGCAUGCCCAGACGCGUACGGUAUGGUCCUUGGGACAUCGUUGAUAUGCUCAUUCCUUGAGAUCGGCCUUUCGUUCAUCCCAUCACGUACUUUGCAACGUAUCUUCCCUCCGAUUGUCACCGGUACGGUGGUCGUUAUGAUUGGAGCAUCUCUAAUCGGUACUUCUGGUAUUCUCAAUUGGGGUGGAGGAUCAAACGGUUGUCAAACACGUCCCACGAGUGGACUAUAUCAACUUUGUCCAACCAUCAAUUCACCACACGCCCUCCCAUGGGGUUCACCUGAUUUUAUCGGUCUCGGGUUUCUCUCGUUCGUGAGCAUUAUCCUAACCGAACUCUUGGGGUCUCCGUUCUUGAAGAAUGCGAGCAUCAUUGUCGGUCUCGCUGUUGGUUGCAUCGUCGCUGGCGCGGCCGGCUAUAUUGAUGGUAGCUCCAUCAAGUCUGCACCAGCUAUUACCUUCUUGUGGGUUCAUACGUUCAAGAUUCGCGUGUACCCAGCUGCAAUUUUGCCAAUGCUGGCUGUUUACGUGUCUGUGGCCAUGGAGGCCAUCGGUGAUAUUACGGCCUCUGCAGAAGUGUCUCAUUUGAAGGUCGACGAUGAAGAGUUUGACUCGAGGGUCCAAGGUGGCGUUUUGAGCGACGGCCUGGGGGGUUUCUUUUCUGCGUUAUUCACGGUGACGCCUCUGUCAAUAUUUGCUCAGAACAACGGUGUAAUCGCCUUGACCCGUUGCGCGAGCCGCACUGCGGGACGGUGGUGUUGUGUCUUCCUCAUCCUCUUUGGAGUUUUUGGGAAAAUAUCGGGUCUUUUCCUUGCCAUCCCUAAUCCCGUCCUCGGGGGUGUCACGACUUUCUUAUUUGCAAGUGUAGUCGUAUCCGGCUUCCGUGUCCUUUCUUAUGUCCAUUACACCCGCCGUGAUCGGUUCAUUCUUGCAGCAGCCAUGUCAUUUGGCUUUGGCAAUUUGCUCGUCCCGAAUAUAUUUACCUACCUUUUUCAGGGUGUCAGAAAUCCAAAUUCAGGGCUUCAGGGCCUGUUCGAUUCUAUCACCAUCAUCUUGAGCACGCCAUUUUUGUUAGCAGGACUGGUUGCUGUGAUUCUUAACCUUAUCUUGCUACAGGAGGCGACGGAGGUUGAAGAAAACGAGGUACGGGACAGUGUAGAACAUGUCGUUGGGGAUGUAGAAGCCGCCCAUGAUAAAGCUAAGGCAUGACUGGUGCAAGUCACGCAAAAAUCAACGACUUCGCGGCAGAAAAUGACUGACUGUAGUGAAGGACUAGUGCCGAAUAUGAUCUAUCAAUACUCUUUAUGUGAAGCGUGACGGGUG